AUGCGCCGUAAACCUUCGUUGACAAAAUCCGCUACAGCGCAUGUAGUAGCGAACAGCAGAAGUAGUAAUAAGUCUCGAUCAUCCAUAUCGUGUACCAUCAAUAAUGCGGAAAGCGCAGACAGUUACGAAUAUAAACCACAGCAAAGCAAUAGCACUCCAACAAUGCCCAUAUUAGCAGACGACAGAGAAAGUAUGAUGAACAAUGGCAGUCAAUUGUUCUUGCUGGAUUCUACUCCUUCAACCUCAACCUCAACUGGCAGUUUGUUCUUAUACGAUAGCAUGGUAUGCCGAUGUUGUGGAAGACAAGACUGUGAUAAUCUCGAGUAUUAUAAUCGAAAAAUAAGAAAAUUGGAGUCAGAUACAAGGCUAGCAGCAGAAAUUGGUCAGGGAUUACUUCAGAAGCACGAAACGUAUGUCAAUGAAGCAAAUCAGCAGAAAGCACAAUUACAGCAACAGUUGAAUGAUUGUCACAAGAGGUUGCUUGAGUUAGAGCAGUCAUUGGACGAUGUGGAAUCAUCAAAAGAAGAAAUAACGAAAGAAAAGAAUAAAUGGCUUUGGGAAUAUCAAAAAUUACAAAAGAUUUUGGAUGAAACAAUAGCGGAUUUAGAAAUGGCAAAUGAUAAAUGCAAUCAAUUUUCGAACGAUAUUCAAGCAAAAAAUGCAGAGCUAGAAAAGUUACGGAUAUAUAAAUUUAUGGCACGACAUUCAGAAUCUAGAGAAGAGACGUUAACGGCGAAGCUGGAAGAUACAAAUCAGGAAUUAGCGAUUCGCAGGAAGAAUGAACUUAUUUUAGAAGCAAAAGUCAAAAAGUUGAAAGCAAGAUAUGAGACAUUGAAUGCUGAUCAUGAAAAGCUAACGAAACAGAUGAAACAAAGAAUAACCAAUACUCAUGGUGUGCUUAAUGGCAAGAGCGAUGGAAACGUUAAUAUGAAUGGCAAUGAUGAAGUUAAGUAUCUGCCGUCGACAAAUCAAACAAGCAAUAAUAACAGUAAUACAAAUGAUUUCAUUCAUCUUAUUAAAGAGCUUUCAGCCGUUAACAGCAAGCUCAAAACAGAUCUCAUGAAUUGCAAAGAACAGUUAUCUGAAGCGCAAGAAGAAAUUGUUGCACUUACGUUAGAGAAACGGUUGCAAGAAGAUUUGAUUCUAUCUCCCUCAUCUUCUACUUCUUCGUCGAAUAUACGCCCUACGACUGAUACAGUACCAAAUACUUUGAUCAAUAACAGCAGUAAUAAGAGCAGCAGAAAAACAGAAAGUGAGACAAUUAGUGAUCUCUUUGCCUUUAGAGGUAAUGAAAACAAGAAUAGUGAUGAUAGUAAUAGUGAAGUGAAACGCGCCACUUCAGUUAGUAAAGGCAAUCCAACGCAUCGAAAACAGUCAAACAAUGAAACAUUUAUGAGGACGCCAGAUCAGCCGAUACGAAGGCCAACUUCUUCAGCAUCUAUGCCAACAACUACAGUAUUAAAGCCUUCUCUCUCAACAUCACCACUUGUUACUACUAGUAAGGAUGGCCAAAAUGCCAUUGUACAUCACCACCAUUAUCAUUAUUAUGUCAAUAAUAAAGAAGAUGAAGAGCAACCACCAGACUAUACUAUACAACAGCAGCAACAGCAACAACAGGAAGCUAAUCAAAGAGAAGGAUAUAGAAUGGUUUCAGCACCUACAAUGUCGUUUGGAAGUAAAGGAAAUACAACACCUGAAGAAGUAACUGCACUUUGUACGCCUUCUUUAGCAAAAUCGCCUUACACAAAGCUACACGAACAUGUUUCACAGCUCCUGGAUAGGCUAAGAGGGUCUGAUAUCCGAGUUUUAAACAGAAGACUGAAACGUGCAUUUGAUAUUAAAGAACUAAGUAGCAUGAGUAAUUCCAUUAUUGAAAAUCUCUUAGUGGAUAUUGACACGCUAGAAAGUCGAUUUUUAUGGCUCAAGCCAUCCGUUGUCAGCAGCGAGUUAACUGCUUUCACAACUGCUGACAGCAAUUCAGACGACUGCCAUAAUAAUGUCAAUAAGCAACAACAGAUAGAGCCGCAACAAUUUGAUAGUCAGGAAGAGCAUAUGGCGGCCUUCUUUUCAUUUCUGACUUUAGUAAAAGAUAUGCUGCGCGAGCUAGGUGUUUUGAAAACGACAAUGAACGAUUUACAAGUUGUUUAUGUUCAGAAGGUUGAAGAAGAUGAGUUAAGAGUUCAGGAAGAGAUUAUCAAGAAGAGACAGCUUAAACGACGAGAGACAUUGAAUAUGCCUUCUUUAUCCAAAUCAGCCUCAACUGUGACAGUGUCCUCCACAUCCUCCACAAAGACAGCUAGACCAUUGUCCUGGUUCACUAAUAUGUUCUCUAAAUCAAGUCUAGUUCACGACGAUGACAUUAGUUGCUGCAGCAGUAAUAGAAGUGAUUUUACAAGAGUCAGCCAUUCUGUUCAUUCACCCCAACUGUUACCACAGGGACCAACUGCUUAUUCUCAAAUACCUCAACACUGUCCAUCACAAGUUCCCGAGUACACGCUAACCACGUCCAACGCCACCGGCAUCGCCAUAAAUAAUCAAAAUUCAGAAAGUAUGACCAGAAGUGUUACCUCAGAUACGACUUCUAUCGUUACCAACACAAGGAACAAUAACAAUAUGCGCUUCAUUCCGGAAAAGUCAUCCCCGAAGUCUGCUAUGACCACAACUAUAGAGUCUAUUUAUCAUACCAGCUUUUCACGAUCAACACACAGUCAACAACGAAAGGAUACCAACAAACGUCGCUCUUUAACAUCUUUUUUCUCGUCUUCAACUAUUGCAGCAGCCAAUACCAGCACACCCUCAAGGACGUCUUCCUUAUCCGCUCUUUCAGCAUCCUUGCUACCACAGUCUUCCCCAUCUUCAACUGGACCGAAAAGAAAAGAUAUACCUAGUACAUUCGAAACUGAUUAUAAAAGUUUUGAAUCACCUAUACCAACAAAAGAUCAUUCUAGCUGGAAAGUGAUGAGUUUCACACCAAAAUGGUUGACUAAUAACAGCAAUGCUGAGAGCAGUAAUAAUAACAUAAGUGAUGCCAAAUAA